AUGCUCGCGCGCUGCUCCCCCCUCCAGACUGUGCGCACUCUCGCCACGAAGGCCGCGACCGGUCAGUGGCUCGCCAGUGUACCCAUGGGCCCUGCCGACCCCAUACUGGGGCUCACGGAGCGCUUCAAUCAGGACACGGACCCACGUAAAGUCUCACUUGGCGUCGGCGCCUACCGCGAUGACGACAGCAAACCGUACGUGCUGCCGUCCGUGCUCGAAGCUGAGAAGCGCAUCAUGGCGGCCGGCAAGAACAAGGAGUACGCGGGCAUUGCCGGCAUGAAGGACUUUGUGGACCUGUCGCUGCAAUUCGCCUACGGAGAAGACUGUGUCGCACUGAAAGAAGGUCGGAUCACUGGCGUCCAGACGAUCUCGGGCACGGGCGGCGUCCGACUCGCGGGCGAGUUCUUCUCCAAGUUUCUGGGCAAAGACACGCCCGUGUACUUGCCCAACCCAACGUGGGGCAACCACAUUCCCAUUAUGCAGAACGCGGGCAUGGAAGUGCGUCGGUACACGUACUACGAGCCAGCGUCCCGUGGACUGGACUUUUCCGGUCUCUUGAACGACUUGGAGGGCGCUCCUGAUGGAUCGAUCUUUUUGCUGCACGCCUGUGCCCAUAACCCCACGGGUGUGGACCCGACGAUCGAGCAGUGGAUGCAGAUUGCUGAAGUGAUGAAAGCCAAACAGCACGUGCCGUUCUUUGACUGUGCCUACCAGGGCUUUGCCUCGGGCGACGCUACGCGCGAUGCUGCUGCGAUCCGCCACUUUGUCAAGGAAGGCCACAACAUCUUUUUGUCGCAGUCCUAUGCCAAGAACUUUGGACUGUAUGGCGAGCGCGUUGGUGCUCUGAGCGUCGUUACGUCAAGUAAGGAGGAAGCGGACCGUGUGCUGUCGCAGCUCAAGAUCAUCAUCCGUCCCAUGUACUCGAACCCACCGAUUCACGGCUCGCUGAUCGUGUCGACGAUUCUGUCGGACGCGGAGCUUAAGAAGCAGUGGUACAGCGAGUGCAAGCACAUGGCGGACCGCAUCAUCUCCAUGCGCACGGCACUCCGCUCGGCCAUCGAGAAGAUCGACGCUGCCAAUGAUGUGAACUCGGACUGGAGCCACAUUACGGACCAGAUUGGCAUGUUCUGCUACACUGGACUGACGGAGGCGCAGGUCGCGCGCAUGAUUGACGAGCACCACAUCUACUUGACGAAGGACGGUCGCGUCAGCAUGGCUGGUGUGACGACUAAGAACGUCGAAUACAUCGCGCAGUCGAUCGCUGAGGUUGCUCAGAACGCUUGA